AUGGAUGAGACGGAGAUCCAGGACUUAGCGAGGCAGAUUACUGAGAGGAGUAUUGCUUCCAUUGGCGGGGUAGCUGAAGCCCCUGGAGUUGCAGCCGUAGGGGCCGGAGAAGCCGGAGGAGCCGUGGACACUACUGCAGGCACCAGAGCUACCGGGGCCACCGGGGCCACCGAAGAAGAAACAUACCGGCCAGAGGUUAAAAAUGCGGGGGAGCCUACCGGGUUCGCAGCACGGCUUAUACAGACUCUCUCCCACCAAUCUACCAGGCUUUCCCAGAUCCAGGUGGACGGUAUUUCACCAUUCACCGGGCAAGAUCCACGACUCGAUCCAAACAGUGGCGAAUUCAGUGCCAAGAAAUGGAUUAAAAACAUUCGAGCCAUCCAAGACCAGGACGUCGAUUACUACAAGCCGUACUCAUUGGGAGUUCUCUACAAAGAUCUAAGAUGCUACGGUGGAGCUACUGAUACAGAUUACAAGGCAGAUUGCUUGAACUGGGUAGAGAAGCUGUUCAAAUUAACCCGAAGUACUAUCCACCCCGAAGAUAAUGUGUUUGAUAUUCUCAAGCCCAUGGACGGCUUAAUUAAGCCGGGUUCCUUGGUGGUUGUCCUUGGCCGUCCCGGUGCUGGCUGUUCCACUCUUCUUAAAACUCUUGCUGCACAAACCUAUGGCUACCACGUUGACCCGGCAGCCAAAAUUACUUACGAGGGAAUGACCCCGGAAGAGGUGGCCAAACAUUACCGGGGGGAAGUUAUAUACAACGCGGAAACAGAGAUCCACUUCCCGCAUUUAACCGUGGGCCAGACCCUUAAAUUCGCAUCGCUCAUGAAGGUUCCGCAGAACCGGCUACCGGGCGUCUCGCGGGAGGAUUAUGCGGAACAUAUGACCAGGGUCUACAUGGCUAUGUACGGUUUGUCUCAUACCUACGGAACAAAAGUCGGUAACGAGUACAUUAGAGGAGUCUCCGGCGGUGAGAGAAAGAGAGUCUCCAUUGCAGAAGUGUCUCUAUGCGGUGCCAAGCUCCAGUGCUGGGAUAACUCUACCAGGGGUUUGGAUUCUGCUUCGGCCGAUAAUUUUGUCAAGUGCCUAAAGCUCUCAUCGACCGUCCUUGAUACCACGUCGAUCGUCUCAAUAUAUCAGUGCUCUCAAUCGACCUACGAUCUCUUUGACACCGUGAUCUUACUUUAUGAGGGUCAUCAGAUCUUCUUUGGCAACACUCAGGCUGCCAAGAGCUUCUUUGAACGUCAGGGAUGGUUAUGUCCGGCCCGGCAAACGACGGCCGACUUUUUGACCUCUCUAUCGUCUCCUUCAGAACGAACAGCCAGGCCUGGUUUCGAAAAUAAGGUUCCUAGAACUCCUCUAGAGUUUGAAGAGCUCUGGAAACAGUCUCCAGAAUUUCAACAGCUUCGUGAAGAGAUCGACGCCUAUGAAACUGAUACUUUGAAAGACGUUGAUCAGUUUAGAGAGAAGAUCUAUGCCUCUAAAAAGGCCAAACAGGCCCGUCAUUUGCGUGGCAGUGAACCAUUUACCGUCUCUUAUGGCAUGCAGAUCAGAUAUCUCACUACUCGUGCCUUUCAAAGGCUUCGUAAUGAUCUUACUUUACCUGCGUUUACAGUCUGCGUCAAUUUCGUCAUGGCUUUACUUAACGGCUCGGUCUUCUUCAACUUAUCGAACACUACAGGAGACGUUUAUGACCGUGGAGCAUGUCUUUUCUUUGCGUGCCUAUUCAAUUCUCUUAUGUCUCUAUUGGAGGUGUUUGCCUUAUAUGAAGCUCGUCCUAUAGUGGAAAAACAUAAGGAAUACGGUCUAUAUCAUCCUUCUGCUGAGGCUUUUGGAUCUAUUGUCUCCGAAAUACCUACUAAAUUCAUCACCUCGAUAGCUUUCAACGUUACCCUUUACUUUAUGGUCAACUUUAAGCGUAAGGCUGGUGCUUUUUUCUUCUAUCUUCUUGUUGCAACCACUUCUCUCUUCUUGAUGUCACAUCUUUUCCGUUCUAUUGGUUCGUUCACCAAGUCUUUAUCCCAGGCAAUGACUCCUGCUGCUAUAGUUGUUUUGGCAAUGGCCAUCUAUGCUGGUUUUGUUGUUCCUACUCGAUAUAUGCUUGGUUGGUCUCGUUGGAUUAACUAUAUCAAUCCUAUAGCCUAUGUUUUUGAAGCUAUGAUGGUCAAUGAGUUUGUCUCAAGAGAAAUCAACUGUACCACGAUAGUUCCUCAAGGUGGAGAUUACGACGAGAUACCUAUGGCUUAUAAAGUGUGCGAUUGUCUUGGUGCUGUUCCUGGAGAGACUUCUAUUACUGGUAACAGGUACAUUGAUGUUGCUUUUGGAUAUAGAGAUUCUCAUAAGUGGAGAAACUGGGGUAUUUGUAUUGGUUUCAUGGUCUUCUUUCUUGGAACUUAUUUGUUUGCUGUUGAGUUCAAUAUGAGCGCUCGUCAAACUGGUGAGAAGACGAUUUUCCUUAGAAGCUCGUUACGUAAGAUGCGUAAGGAGGGUAAGUUGGGCGUCAGGGGAAAAGCCGAUGACCCCGAGUUGCAGUUAGGUGGUUCUGCGGGUGCGACUGCGCUAUUGGCAGAUGAUAAGGAGGUCAGUGGAAGUGGAGAGUCGUCGUAUGAUGUUGCUGCUGCACGGGGUGCGGGAGGUGCAGGGGGUGCGAGAUCUGCAGGGGGUGCGGGAGAUGCAGGGGGUGCCGCUAGUGCUACUACCUCAGCUCUCAUGCAGCUCGAUUCAGGUAAUGACAUCUUUCACUGGCACAACGUCCGUUAUGACAUCCCCUAUAUGGGAUCCACAAGACGUCUUUUAGAUGAUGUCGAUGGAUGGGUCAAACCAGGUACCUUAACAGCUCUUAUGGGAGCUUCUGGUGCUGGUAAGACAACAUUACUUGAUGUUCUUGCUGACAGAAUAACCAUGGGUGUUGUCUCAGGUGACAUGCUUGUCAAUACAAAGCUUCGUGAUAAGUCAUUCCAAAGAUCUACUGGAUAUGUUCAGCAACAAGACUUACAUCUAGAAACAUCGACAGUUCGUGAGGCUCUCCGGUUUUCUGCCUACUUAAGACAACCCAAUGCUGUUUCUAAAGCUGAUAAAAACUUGUAUGUUGAGAAGAUCAUCCAUAUUUUGGAGAUGGAGAACUAUGCAGAUGCUGUUGUUGGUGUUCCAGGAGAAGGAUUGAAUGUAGAACAGCGUAAAAGGCUCACUAUUGGAGUUGAACUUGUUGCCAAGCCUAAAUUGCUUCUAUUCUUGGAUGAACCAACAUCCGGUUUGGACUCUCAGACAGCAUGGUCCAUUCUUUGCUUAAUUAGACGUCUCUCUAACAGCGGUCAAGCAAUUAUGUGCACUAUUCAUCAGCCUUCUGCUAUGCUCUUCUCACAGUUCGACAACCUUCUUUUACUCAAGUCUGGAGGUCAAACAGUCUUCUAUGGAGAGAUAGGUGAUGAUGCUCAGAAGAUGAUUUCAUAUUUUGAGUCCAAUGGUUCGAUUCCUUGUCCUCCUAAUGCCAAUCCUGCCGAAUGGAUGCUUCAGGCCAUUGGUGCUGCUCCCGGUGUUCAUCCUGAUAGAGACUGGCAUAAGGUUUGGUUACAAUCUUCUCAGUAUCAGGAAGUCUCGAAGGAGCUUAAUAGACUUCAGCACGAUAUCUCCGAUGGUUCAGACUUGUUACCAGCCAGCUCAUCUGAAUCAUUGUCUAGAUCUAUCUCCAGAACAGUUACUCGUACUAUGUCGGUGUUCACCCAAAAGGGAAGAGAGGGAAGAAUCCAGAAGUCAUCUUAUGCUUCAUCUAUCUUCAUCCAGUACAUCUAUGUCACUAAAAGAGUGUUCCAACAAUACUGGAGAUCUCCUUCAUACAUCUAUUCAAAGCUCUCGUUGGUCAUUCUUUGCUCAUUGCUUAAUGGCUUCACCUUCUUCAAAGUAACCAACUCUAUUCAAGGACUACAGAAUCAAAUGUUCUCUGUCUUUAUGUUUACUGCCUUAUUUGCUAUCUUGGUUGAACAAAUGCUUCCUCAUUACGUUGCACAACGUUCUUUAUACGAAGUUCGUGAAAGACCUUCAAGAACGUUCUCUUGGCUCGCUUUUAUCUGUGCUCAAAUCACUGUAGAGAUUCCCUGGAUGAUCCUCAGUGGUACUAUAGCAUUUCUUUGCUUCUAUUUCCCUGUCGAUUUUGCUCAUAACGCUAUUUUGACACACGAUAGGAGUACUAGAGCUGUUGCUCUUUGGCUCUUAGUCAUUCAGUUUUAUAUCUGGACUUCUACUCUAGGUCAGGCUUGCAUAGCUGGUAUUGAGGUGGAUCAGAACGGUGCUAAUAUGGCUAUUUUACUCUUCUCUUUAGCCCUUCUCUUCUGCGGUGUUCUUGUUUCUAAGGACAAUCUUCCUGGCUUCUGGAUCUUCAUGUAUCGUGUCUCUCCUUUCACCUAUUGGAUAGCUGGCUUCCUUAGAGCAGCUAUUGGAGACUCUCCUGUUACUUGUACUGAGGAAGAGUUAUUAGUCAUGACUCCUCCUCCUUUGGAGACAUGUGAAAUGUACAUGAGUCCUUAUAUGGCGGUUGCUGGAGGUUAUUUAGUGGAUCCUACUUCUGCUGUGAGCUGUCAGUACUGUGAGAUGAACAAUACUGAUGCUUACUUGGACACUAUUAAUGCUUUACAGUUCACUGUUUGGGAGGAUUCCGGUAUCUUCUGGGCCUACAUAGUGUUCAACAUUGCUGCCACUAUAUUUUUAUACUGGUUGUUUAGAGUUCCAAAGAAGCAUGAUCCAGUUAAGUGGCUGUCAAAGCAGGCUGUCUUGUUGAAGAAGAGGAUCAAUAAGAGAGGUGUGGCUGAGUCAGAUGUUGAGGGUGAGUUUGGUGAGGUUAAGCCAGCUGGUGAGGCUAAGCCAGCUGGAGAGGCUAAGUCAACUGGUGAGGCUAAGCCAGCUGGCGACGCUAACUAG